UAACUAACAUAAUAAGAGGAGAUAGAUAUUUAGAGAGGCAGACGUUGACGCGGUGGAAACCCGUGGCAAAACGUUCCCGGCGUUCUGUAGCACGCAACUCUCACACGCACGUUUCCUUCUUCUUCCUAUAUUAUUAUCAACUCCAUGCUCUAUCCAAUACUCUUCUUCCUUUUCUCAUUCUGAGGUUUGAAAAUGGCACUUUGUAGAACUGGGCCAUACCCGAUUUUGGAGAGCAAUGUCCUAGCUUAUUCACAUAUCAAUUUGUCGACAAGGCUUGUUUUACCCGUUCCCCUGCGUUUUGCUGGACAAUCAUCGAAUGCAGGCAAGAGAAAGCACAAGGUAAUAUGCAGUUCUUCACUACGGAGAUCUGCAUCUGCUUCUUCAAUGGAGUCGCAUGAAGAGGUUCCAAAGACCUCUUCCGUUUGCUUGGAGGAGGAAACAGAUCAUGUUAUGAGGUUCAAAAUGUCAGACUUUAAGGUUUUAGAUCGUGUUAGCAUUGGCCUUGGUGGACGGGCGGAUGAGGUGGUGUUUGAAGGCAAGGUGAAGGACAGUGGUAGCCCUUUGUAUAACACAAGAGUUAUACUUCGACAGCUUUAUAGUUCCCAAGCUCAGCGUCGAGGAAAACGAGCAAUAGAGGUAUUGAAGAAGCUGGGUCGCCGUAAACUUUUGUAUCAUUCUUACUCAAUGCAAGUUCAUGGCUAUAUCUCGUUGCCUGCAAGUGGUGGUAGUGGUUCAUUUAUUCUAGUCCAUGGGUAUCAUGGUAGUUUUUCUCUGAGACACUGGCUUCAACAGUCAGAUUGGCUUCAAACUUUAGAGGCCACUCUUGCACUGGACGAAGAAUCUGUUAGGAAAGUAGGAGAAGACACAACUGGAGGUCCCGCGAUUUCUAGACAAUUGCGACUAAUUCGAAUAUUGAUGAGAGAUCUUCUAAUUGGAGUAAAUUACCUGCAUAGUCAUGGUCUUGCCCAUACAGAUUUGAGGCUGGAAAAUGUGCAUAUAAGCCCAAUAGACAGACAUAUCAAAGUAGGCACACUGGGAAAUGCCGCUGACUUUUGCGAGGAUGGUUCAAAUAGCGGCUCUAUGGAAAACAUGGACAGGCGACAGAUGAUGAUUGCAUUUGACAUGAGAUGCAUGGGUUUCAUAAUGGCAAAAAUGGUAAUGGGAGAACUUAUGGAUCCUUUGAUAUUCGCGAAGUUCAAAUCAUUCCUCACAAAGGGGAAUGAUCCUUCAUGUUUGCGACAGCUUAUGAUGGAAAUCCUCGGCAGAAACUCUCCAUAUGGAAAUGCUGGCUUACAAAUGCUUGAUAGGAACUGGGGUGCUGGUUGGCACCUUUUAUCUUUAUUGCUAGCAACCAAACCUUCUCGGAGAAUAAGUUGUUUGGAUGCUCUAAGGCACCCAUUCCUUUGUGGGCCAAGAUGGCGAGUAGUUCCAUCAAUGGAUAUUAUCAGAUGGGGUCUAGGUUGCACUGCAAUGCGUAUUAGUGAGGAGUACAUUUAUCGUCAGCCUCAGCGCAGUAGGCUUGCCCACUUCAUUGACUUAUUGGAGAUGUUGAAUCCUCAUCCAAAGCCAAAGAACUGGCUGGAGCUGCUUCCAGGAAAAUGGCGCCUAUUGUAUUGCACUGGGAGGCAUGUUGGGCUGACCCUUCGCCAACCUCCUGUCCGUGUACUAGUUGGAGAUUUGCAUUUAACUGUUAAUAGAGAAUCAAAGUUGAAGGCCAACCUUUCCUUCGUCUCUGACAUUGGAUUCUCAGUCAUGAUUGGUCAGGACUGGCCUCAUGACAAAGCUGGUAAAAGAGGAAGAGUGCAGGUGAAUUCUUCAUUUAUACUAAGAGCUGGGAGACGGUUAUAUCUGAAGCAAGACAAUACCUCAGAGAGGCUCUCCUUUCGCCCUUCCGGCAAUGAGGAGGCUUUAGCUCAGAAAUUUUCUAGCAAGAAAUGGAGAAAAAUAACCCCUUUCAAGGAGUUUCCAUCAAGUCUCCCUGCAGCCAAGUUUACGUCGGGUGAUAUUGAUGUGACAAUGAAUCUCGAUGAUCCUUUAAAUCAAAACAUUGAUACUGUUCAAAAUGUUCUUCAAGAACUAAGAACACAAAUUCCCCCUGAAAUAUUUGAUUUGUCAAAGAUUGUGUGUGGAACUUAUGUGGACUCAAGGUUGCUCGUUCUUCGAGGGGUUAAUGGAUCAGCUCUCCUUUUUACAAGGUCUUUUGUGGACACAGACAGUUCUAGUUAAUUGUUCUUAUAGGCUAUAGCAAUUCACAAGUAGUUUUAGUUGUUAAAUGUAAAUUUGUAGUACUAUUUUUUCUUGUAGUUUUGUUGUCAGUAUAGGCAUUCUCCAGAGCACUCUUUCGUGUAAAUUGUCAUAGCAUUGUGUAUACCAAACUUAGUUAUCGGAAAUGCUUUUUUCAAGAAGUCUGUUCUGGUUAGGAACUGUAAAGCAUUUUUUUUGGAUGGAUAUAAAAGCAUUUCUUAUAAUGUAUGUGCAUGAUAAAACAUGGUAGAUUACCUUUGUAAUAUCAGUGUAUAGUAAUUGAAUUAAGUUCUAUAUAA